AUGCAGAAUGAGAAUAGAAAGAAGCGGGUUCCAGGUAUUCAUGCACAUGUAGCAGCGAUUAAUGAGCUGAGGCAGGAGCUUGGGCGAGUGAAUGCAUCUGUGGUUGAGCUUCGAGAGAAGAUAUCUGCGGUGUACAAGAACGAUUCUGAGAAUGAGGUCAAGCGCGGGCUGUAUGACAAGAUUGAAGUUCUUGGCAAGGAGAUCAGUGAGCUGAAGGAGCAGAGGCAGAAUGCGUUUGAGCAUAAGGCGAAAGCACUUGAUGUGUAUGAGAAGUUUAAAGGCGACAUGCAGCCUGAGAAAGGAAAGGUAAAGAUGCUGAGUGCGACUGAUAUUGAUGCGCGUAUGAAGGAGAUUAACAUGAAGCUGAUAAGCAGUAAGCACGAUUCGAAGACCGAGAAGAUGUUUGAGAGCGAGAUUGAGGAGCUUAGGAGGCAGAAGAAGAAUAUUGGGAUGAUGGAGCAGAAGAGCAGGACGCUGAUUGAGAUCCGAGGAAAUCUUGACGGUCUCAAUGCAGAGAUCAAGGAUUUGACGAAGAGAAUAAACCAAAAGCAGGCGACGAUUAAUGACUUGAAGGUAACGAUUAAGGAGAUCAACGACAGCCAAAGCACAAUCAAGAACCCCAUUGUUGAAGGGCACGAGAAGAGUAUAAAGGCACUGAAGGUAAAGAGGAAUGAAAUAUCCGAGAAGAUAAAGAUGCAGCAGGAGGAGAUAAGGAAGAAGGAGAUUGAGCAUGACAAGUUUCUGGAGCAGUUAGCUCUUGCACAGGCGGUUGAGAAGCAGCGAGACGAUGUCAAGCAAAGGAUUCAGAAGUUAGAGGAGAAGAAGAAUGUUUUUUCAAGUGAAGAGUGCACGCUUGACCCGUCGAAGUUUGACUCGGUGAUAUUCCGAAUGCGUGCCAUUGAUGUGUCUAGCGGGAGUGUGAGUCUUCCGGUUGAUCUUGCGCUGUAUUUGAGUCAGUUCAAGAUACCGAUUCCGUCUAGUGCGGAGCAGCUUGAGUCUACGAUUUCUGCAUUGCGAGUCCAGAAGGAGAACUUUGCUAGCCAGGUUGUUGGCAAGAGGGAGGAGAUUGCAGCAAAGAUAUCUGAAUUGGACAAGAAGAUAUCUGAGGAAAAAAGCAUUCUUCAAGGCAUGCCUCCAAGUGAUGUGAGACUUUUGAAGCCCAAGCGCGAGUAUUAA